ACACAAGUACGGUCGAGAUGGCACCGAACAUGUCAUCGGGCAGAUACGUUUUCAAAGGCGACCACGGGUUUAACAUGGAUAAAAAAUUAGCCGUCAUCAAAACGGAAUCACAUGCAAGUUUACCUUUCGAAGCAGCUCUUGAAAAAGCAGGAUAUGGCAAAUUUCAUUAUUUGCUCUUUCUCCUUGUUGGCUGCUCAUAUAGCUCUGUGGCCAUGGAAACCAUAGUGGUUUCCUUUGUGAUACCAGCUGCAAGAUGUGAUUUCGAUAUAUCAUCAAAAGAUGCUGGAUAUUUGUCAGCAUUUCCUCAACUAGGUAUAAUAAUCGGAGCAUUUCUUUGGGGUACGCUUGCCGACAUAUAUGGAAGAAAAUGGAUAUAUGUCAUGACGCUGUUGUCUGGGGGACUUUCCAGCCUUUUAUCCAGUUUUGCACCGAACUUCAUCAUUUUUAUGGUGUUUAGGAUUAUUAGUGCAGUAGGCCUUGCAGGAGUGCUAAGUGUAUGCCUACCAUACCUCGCUGAAUUUCAACCUGAAAAGCUGAAAGAAAAGGUCGUCAGUUGGAUGGAGUUUUGGUGGACAGUCGGCAUCACACUGUCUCCUUGCCUAGCAUGGGCGAUCAUCCCAACAAACUUGAGGUUCGAAAGCGAAUACUUCAACUAUGCAUCUUGGAAUUUGUACGUCGCGACAAAUGCAAGCGUCAUGAUUGUAUUGGGUUUCAUUGCGAUGGGAUUUCCUGAAAGUCCAAAAUAUUAUGAAGACAUCGGAGAACGCGAGAAAGCCGUAGAAGUAUUAAGAUACGUCUACUCUGUCAACACCGGUUGCCAUCAAUCUUUAUUCGUGUGUGAGCUCAUGGAGGAAAAAGGCAUAAGCGUCAUUAGCAGAAAUAACAACUCUCAACUUACUAAGCCAAAACGUACGUUUCAGUCGAUUUUUUAUGACAUGAAAACGCAGACCCAACUUCUUCUUGUCAAACCGCAUUUCCUAAAUAUCUCAUUGGUCGGGAUAAUAUCAUUCGGAGUGACUGGAGUGUAUUACACGUUCAUGUUGUGGUUUCCUGAGCUGUUUUCGAGGUUUAACACUUUCGAACAGCAACAUCCUGGACAGACGACAUCAAUGUGCGAAGUGGCCUCUAUCUUCAUAGAAACGACGAAUGAAUGCCACAAUGAAGUCAAUCCUGAAAUAUUCAAGAACUCUGUGAUCAUUGGCCUUUCUUGCAUUCCGACAAGCUUAUGGCUUUCAAUGUGUAUCAGUCGUUUGGGUUGUAAAUUUUUCCUUGUAUUUUGCAUGGGCGUAGCAGGGAUAUCAUGCCUGGCUAUGUAUUUUGUCACUUCAUCAUUCCAAAAUCUGAUUUUGUCAUGCUUAUUUGAGGCGUUCGCUUCAUUGAGCGUUAUGACGAUGUUUUGCAGUUUGGUAGAUCUCUUCCCUUCACAAAUAUGUGCCAUGGCAAAUGGUGUGUGCCUCAGUCUUGGAAAAGUGGGAGCUUUAGUCGCUAGUCUUUUCUUCGGCUACCUCAUAGAUUACAACUGCACAAUUCCUACUUUCUUAUUUACUGCCAUAAUGAUAGGUUGUGCAGUUAUAGCAUUGUUUCUUCCACUUAAGAAACGUCCAAUCACAGAUGGAUGAUUGCACAAUGGAUUCACUAAAAAGAAUAACCGACCAUUGCUCCUUCUUCUAGUCAAAAACAAAACAAGAACAACAAUAUAUAUAAAAUAAGCAACAAAAGCAACAAUAAGAAUAAAAUAAACAAUCAUAAAACAACUCAUUUAAGAAUGAUUCAAUAAUCUAAAAAAAAGAAUAAAAAUUAAAAUAAACACCUUGUUAAUUUCAAAUAUGAAAAUGUUUGUUUUUUGAAGAUUAGAUAAUUGGGUGUAAAAGUCUUUUAAUAAUACGGUACUCUAACUGCAAAAGAAAUAUCAUCAAAGGCUGACACAUUCAUCAAAAAUAAAUAAUAAAAAAAACUUUGUUUGUUGAAGCAAUAACACUGAUAAUUUGAUUUUUUUUCAGUUAUAUUUAUAGGUUAAUUACUCAUUUAAUUAUUUUAGAGAUGAUAUUUUAUAUAUUUCUUCAGUUAUAUUUAUAACACAUUUGAUUAUCUAAGAGAAUUUUGUUUGUCAUCUUGCAAUAUUGUUUCAAACUGUGUUAUUAAGAUUUAAAGUUUAAGUUUUUUUAAGUUAAUUUUAGGCUUUUAGACUAGUUAAUUUAAAUUCACAUUAAUUGUGAGAACUGAAAUGAGAGAAUGCACCCUGACUGACACAGUCGCGGUUUUUUGUUUUUGCCAAAUGAACUGAAGGUACUCAUACUUGUACCAGUUAAUAUCCCCAUUCUUAUAGACUUCCUAAGAAAUAAAAUGAAAAAUGUACAUUACUUGAAUUUUGCAGCUGCUAAUAAAGAAGGACGAUGUACUUUAAACGUUUUUCAAAAUGUUCUUUUUGGUUUGUACUUGGGGUAAAUUACUUAAUACUGAACUACUUAAUAAUUUGAAAUGAAAAAAUUAUCCAGCUGCAAAUGCUAAAAGUCGUUUCAUAUAAUUUUUACUUUACAUAAGAAUGUUUAAUGCAAAUUUGUGUGUUUUAACUUUAUAUAUUUUUCUACUUGUUUUGUUUAUGAUAAAUUAUUUUUCAUUUAUAUAUUAAAUAUGCCAUACAUAUAUAUGUCUUAAUGAUUGCAUGAUACAAAAGUAUGAUUGUUAAACGGUUAAUCUCAAUUCAAGGUAAUGUUAUGUAAAUAAUAUGUCAACAAAUUUUAAAGGCUGAAUUAACUUUAAACGCAGAGGCUCGUGUAAGAAAAGACCAAAUUUAUAUUGUUAAUAAUAAAUUAUCGAACUUAGAUUUAAAUUUUAUUUUGUAUUUCUGUUUAUUUAUUGUGAGCAAUACAUUUUUUU